AUGUGGGAAAUUUUAAGUACACAAUUAAAUGGUGUAUCUGGGCCCAAAAAAAGUAGCCAAAAAUGGCAAAGAGUAUGGAUUGACUUGAAAAAUAAAGUAAAAAAUAAGGCUAGUGUCAUAAGAAAUAGCAGGACGCAGACAGGAGGAGGUCCUCCUUUAAAAGCAAUCUUAACUGACCUAGAGGAAAGGAUCAUAAGGAUAAUUGGGGAUACUGCCAUAUACGGAUUAAGCAGUUCAAGGGAUGAUCCUUUGGACAGCGAGGAUGUGAAUGAACCCUCAGAGGCAGUUGAUGUAAAUUAUGACCAAGAAGCAUCAAGCAGCACCAUUACUGCUGGUGUAUCAGACAGCGAACCAGAUACACCAGAAAACCCAAGAAAGCGCAGGCUGUUAAGUGCUAGCAGUUCAAGUAGCUACUAUGAGGUUUCCCCUAGAGCUACUAAAAGUAGGAAAGGUAUGUACUUUGAUUUAUAA